UUCAAAGUCCACCAAUCUUACUCCGCGCUUCAUCCACCACCAUUUUCGGGGCUUUAUUUUUGCUUGUCCGAUCCUGUAAGAAUUAUUUGGAAGAGAAUUUGAGUGUCACAGAAUGGGGGUCAAAGGCUUCCAAGAUGAAUGAGAGAUGGAAGCAUCGAAUGGCAUCUUCUUGUCAUCUGCUUAAUAGAAGGGGAAGAUACAGCAGGCCUUUGGUGUUGAAGGUUUCAUCGUCAUCUGAUUUUAGUCCAGCUUCUGUGCUGGAUCCUGGAAAUUCAACCACAUCAUUGGAUGAAUCUAAGACCUUAAAAAAUAAAGCGGAAGAUGUUGGACAGCAUUUAAAUGGAAAAUGUAUUUAUCUUGUUGGAAUGAUGGGAUCUGGAAAAACAACGGUGGGUAAAGUUUUGGCAGAAGCUCUGGGAUAUUCAUUUUGUGACUGUGAUACAUUGAUAGAAGAGGCUGUUGGUGGAAGCAGCGUGGCUGAAAUAUUCAAGCUACAUGGUGAGAACUUCUUUAGAGAUAAUGAGACUGAAGUGAUACAAAAGUUGUCUUUGAUGCAUCAAUUAAUCAUUUCGACAGGUGGUGGUGCAGUGGUUCGACCAAUCAAUUGGAAACACAUGCGAAAGGGCAUUAGUGUUUGGCUUGAUGUAUCUUUGGAACUAUUGGCACAAAGAAUCACAGCAGUUGGAACUGAUUCUCGGCCCCUGUUGCAGCAUGGAUCCGGAGAUCCUUAUUCAAAAACCCUGAAGCUGCUAUCCAGCCUAUUCGAAAAAAGGGGUGGAGCAUACGCUAGUGCCGACGUGCGUGUUUCUCUUGAAAAUAUUGCAGCCAAGCUUGGAUCCACAGAUGUAUGCGAACUCACGCCGACUUUAAUUGCAAUUGAGGUGCUUCAACAAGUUGCAAAUUAUUUGAAGAAACAGGGAGGAUGAUAACAAUUAUUCCAUUACAGUGUUUCACUUGGUUGGUAAGUUUUGAUCCUUCAGUUCUCUAAUCCGGCCUGAUUUAGAGUAAUAACUAUACUCUAUAACAUGGCUCUUCUUCCAUCUCUAUCUGCGUGUAAUAAUUAAGAUUUUGCAUGCUCUCUUUGUAGUCUGAUCACUGUUUGAUUAAAGAGUGUGUUUGCUUUGGGUUUGAUAUUGAUUUUAUUUAUUUUUUAUUUUAUUUGAAUUUAGUUUAUAUAGUAUUUUGAUUUGAUGUUCUGCAAAAAGAUAGUGUAAUUUUAUGGAAACCAUACAAGAUGAAUGGUUAGAUUUUGGUUUGAAUA